AUGGAUCGUCGUGUAGAGCGUGUGGCCAGUGUGUGGACGUUACUGGUGCUGUUGCUGCUGCUCGUUGACCAUUGCGUCCGGGCACAGUACUGGAAUCGGGGCGGUGAAGAACCAUCGGAAGAUGACGAUUUACCUCGUGUACCGAUCCGAGUCGAGGCAUUGCUGGGACAGUGUAAAGGUACGUACCAGCGACCGGUUGGACUGACGAGCUGGUUAAGGUGUUGGUACGAUGCCCGUAACGACCACAGCGUGAUAGGACCUCGGAAGGUGGAGAUGCUGAACUACGAACCAUUCGUCGCCCUGUUCUAUGACGUCAUCCAUGACAGUGAGAUCACGAGACUGCAGGAACUGGGCGAUGGCGUGAUCAAGGUGUCGGGAGCGACGACCGACGGUUGGCUACCGGUGUACUACGAGAACCACCAGACGUACACACUCCAGAAUCGGGAUGAUCCGGUGGUAAAGCGGUUAUCGCAACGCACCGAACGGAUGUCGGGAUUAAGCUGCGACACGGCCGAAGAUCUGAAGGUGAUCUACAAUGAGGUCGGUGCGUACAAGAGCUUCAUAGUGGAUGGGAAAAAGAAGUCCAGCGUGGCGCAACAGUUUGCCUUUGCCGGUAAACGGCUCGCGACGGUGCUGUUCUUCAUGAGCGAUGUGGAUGGUGCCGAGGGUGGCGGUAGAAUCGCUUUCCCGUACCUGGGCUUAAGCGUGCUACCGCAGAAGGGUGCGGCCCUCUUCUGGUACAAUCUGCAUGAUAGUGGCCGGCCGGAUGAGCGGAUGACGUACAGCAUCUGCCCACUGUUGGCGGAUAACAGAUGGAUGGCGAAGCUGUACAUUCACACGCGUGGCAACGAACUGCGGAAUCCCUGUCGACCAUCGAAUGCACCGAAACCGAAACCCCCGACCGUCAGCCAGGGAGUGAUGGAGUAA